AGCUGAUUCCUUAUCUGUUUUGAUGUGUAUUUCCCUUUGAAAAUGCUGAUGAAAAUGCUGCUGGAUAUUGAGGAUGAGCCAGCGUGGCAUUCUGCGGAGGCAGAGGAUGAGGAUGCAGGGGAGACGAGCAAUUACAGUGUCGGACAGGAGUGUUUGGAUAGAAUCUCAAUUGCUCUUGGAGGAAAUACAAUUGUUCAUGUUGCAUCGGAGUUGCUGUCGGCUUAUAUUGCAGCUCUCGAGUGGCAGAAACAUCAUGUUGCUUUGAUUACACUUGCACAGAUUGCAGAAGGUUGUUCAAAGGUCAUGAUUAAGAAUUUGGAGAAAGUGGUGCACAUGGUCUUGAACCCAUUUCAAGAUCCACAUCCAAGAGUGAGAUGGGCAGCGAUUAAUGCCAUUGGACAGUUUUCUACGGAUUUGGGUCUGGAUUUGCAAGUGCAGUACCACCAGAGGGUGCUACCUGCUUUGGCAUCUGCGAUGGAUGAUUUCCAGAACCCUCGUGUGCAGGCACAUGCUGCUUCAGCUGUUCUGAAUUUCAGUAAGAACUGCACACCUGAUAUUUUGACACCAUACUUGGAUGGAAUUGUUAGCAAAUUGCUUGUAUUGCUACAGUGUGCUUAUGUAGCAGCCAGAGACAAGCAUGUGCUCCAGCUAAUAGAGGAAAAUUCUGAAUUCCGAAGUAGAAUACAACAUUUGGAGACUGUGGUCCAUAAAUUAGUUGGAAAUCAUCAGAGAAUGCAGAAUGAAGAAGAUGAAGAUGAACAGAAUGGGCCCGAAAUUGAUAAGACUAGUCAUAAGUGCAAGCUUUUAGAUUGGUGUGGAACAAAUGAGGUUGUAGCAGAAGGACGUUGGUGUUCUAGUGACCCAAAGGAGCUUGUAAAUCAUGCUCCUCUUAGACCUAAUGCAAUGGAAGUGAUGGUAGACAUUCCAAACAAACCAGAAGCUUUUCUUUGGAGGCCUACAAAGACCUAA